GAAAUACGUAAUAUUUACGCUGAUGUUUCUGUUGUCAUGUGUCAGUCGCGCUCUCAAUACAAUGACACAUUAAUAGGUGCUGAGAUUGGUAGGGAAUAUGUGGAAAAAAAUGCAUAGCAUGUUAUAAAAGGCUGAAUAUAGUAAGGUGUCAUAAUACCAUUUGGUAGCGAAUAGCGAAACACUUCUCUCUGAAUAAUGCACAAUUGUGUAAUUCUGUGACACAAUGGAUGAAAUUAAGCACAAAUUUCGUGAUUUUCUCGAUAAACACCAAAAUCGAAAUAUGAAAAUUCCAUCGAUGGGCUUUACAGACAAUUACACAAAGAAAAAGUUAUCGUCCACAAAUACAUCCGAAGCAGUUAAGCGUAAAUCUCAUGCAAAUGAUGUGCAAAGUACAACGGAUGAAUCAAUUCUACUGAACAUAUGUGCGGAUGAUGAUGAUGAUGAUGACUUCAAUAAGCGACGAUCACUGCUCAUUCCCGACCAGGAAAUUCUCGAUUCCACCGAGCCAAUUUACUUUGAAGAAAACGUCGACACAGGCAUUUAUGAACUUAAUAAAUUCAUCGAUGGUGAUAUGGAUGGGGAGUCGGUGCAACGGGCUAUGAUGGUGUUGAAGCAACAGCACAAAGUCAUAUCGAAGAAAGUGCUGCAAAACAUUCUUGAGAAGCGAAAUUCAUGCAACAGUGAAACAAAAUCGAUUCAAGACGCCGAUGUAAUGCUGCAGCAAUCAUUGUUGGAAUGCAAAAAGGCGCGUUCGUACUUAAGCUGUGCGCGAAAAAACUUAACCACAACCAAUUUGCAAAUACUGGCCAUGUACAAAAAGCGUGAAGCAAUGCAAGAGAUACUGCAAACAUUGUACAAAUUAAAGAAAUUGAAAUCCACCGAAAUCCAAUUGCAAAAACUGCUCGACACACAGAAUUAUUCGGGUGCAAUUUCGUUGCUAUUGGAAUGCAAGCGAUUGGCCACGGAGAAUAGUCAAUAUAUUUGUGUUGCCGCUUUGGCACAAAAACUACAAGACACAUUGCUGAUGACCGAGCUGCAAUUGGAUACAGUGUUGGCCGAAACUCCGCAUAGUUUCGAUGUGAAAACAUACUCGAAUUUACAAGAAGCCUAUCGUUUGCUGGGCAAAUCGGUGACAGCCAUCGAUCAACUACACAUGAAUUUCAUAUCAGCCAUUCACACGAUGGCAUUCACUGUUCUCAAGGAGUUUGUCGAACGCAACACUGUGGAAAAACAGAAAUUUCUUUUCGAAGAAAUGUGCGAGAAUAUUUCAUCCGAGCGCUUCAUUCCGUGUCUUAUAAAACUGUGCAAGUCAUUCUGGUGCAUUUUAGUGUGUUACUAUCAAGUUGCUCUAUGGCAUCACAACACCCGUCCACCGAAGCCCAUUGAAAUCGAUGCAGAAACGGAAAUUGAACAAAAUGCCUACGUACAACAAAAGUUUAAAACGGGCUAUAGUCGCAUUUGGAACGAUAUCCAGUCGAAAUUGUCGGUGUUUUUGUCGACAAGUCCAACACUGCCCACACUAAAAUACGAACAAUUUAUUCAGGUGCUUUCCAUAGUGCAGCGGUUACGUAAAGUUGGCAUGGAAUUUUGCAACGAACAAUCGACCCUCCUGAUGGAGUCAAUGAAAUCGCAAAGUGUACAGUUUUUUCAGCGUUAUCACAAGUCUUCUUUGGAUGAAAUUCGUUUGUUCCUUGAUAACGAGGCAUGGAUGCCGGUUCAUUCCUUUACUAAUCUCAUUCAGCUACAAGAAUUUAAUGCGGUUAAAAAUUCGCUACAACGAUUUUUGCGACGUGACCACGGUAAAUCAGAUACGAGGGAUUCAUCAUUGGACCCGGUAACUACUGGAAUUCGAAUGUCACCAUCGAAACGGGUUCCCGAACGUAAGAAGAGCUACGAAAAUCAGUUGGCCGAUGAAAAUCUAUCGAAUCAUUCGCAAGAGGAUUGCAAUAGUUCUGUAUACGGUUCAUGUGGCUACUUUUUACGUUUUUCGGAGAAGAGUUCCCCGUUCGACGGUGGCUUCGACGUGACAAUGCUAGAGGAAGAUAUUUUGGCUGGCAUUGCCGAUGAAUCGUGCUACUUUUCGGAGGAAAGCGAAGAAGAUAAUUUGAAUGAAGUCAACGCCACCGUCACAACGGUCAACAUUCCAACAGAAGAAACUGAUAAAGCCUUGGCUCAACAUCCAAAUAUGACCGUGAACAAUUCCAGUUUAAAUGUUCUACGGUGCAUUGGCCGCUAUCUUCAAAUGUGCAAAUUACUGCAUUCGAUUUCACCGCAAAUUGUUAAAUGCAUGAUGGAAUUGAUUGAAUUCUAUAUUCAUGUGGUGCACGAAUUUUUCGCAUCAGAUUUGCCCUUGUCCAGUGACAAUUUGUAUACGUACAAUUUGAGGGAAUAUUUGAAUCGCAUCGCCGCUGAAAUUAUACCAAAAGUGAACAAUUGGCGAUCGGAUAUGUCUAUUAUUCAGAAUGAUUUAAGUGAUCCAGAUACGAGUUAUGGCCUAUUGUCUCGCAUUGUCGGAGUCGAAAGUGCAAUUACGUUGGUACAACAAUUUGCCCAGAUUCGUGAUUAUCUUGAUCAUCUCCUACUACCGAAUGAUAAUCAAUUUUUGACUACAUUCUUUGAUGAGACGACUACCAAUUUGAUUGAAUUGCGAAAGCCCGUGUAUAUGUGUGUUGCAGCUAAAGUCAACGAUUUAGAUGGUAUUCUAGCGUCUAUGGCCAAGGUCAAGUGGGACAUUAAUCAUGUGAAUGUGGAGCACAGUACUUAUGUUAAUAACAUCAAUCGAGGUCUUCAAAUAUUCGCGAUGCGAUUAGAGGAGAUCGAGAAAACAUUACCAGUACCAAAGCAGCCGAUUUGGGAUUGUGUAGCUCAUGUCAUUUCUCACACCUUGGUUGAAGGUUAUUCCAAUGGAAAGAAGUGUUCUGCGGGUGGUCGUGCCUUGAUGCAAUUGGAUUUUGCGCAUUUUAUGUCAAUUUUGGAACUAUUGUCCGGAUUAAAGUUUCCGCAUCAUCAUCGUUAUGUGGAUAGCUACAUCAAAACCUAUUAUUUGCCAAAAGAUUUGCUUGAGACAUGGAUCAUCGAAGAGAAAGCAAAACGCACCUAUUCAACGAAGCAACUAACAGCAUUGAUAACGUGUACGUGCUCGAAUGACAAGAAAACACGUCAAAAGCUAAUGGCAUUGCUUGAGCAAGAUCUCAGCAUAUCCAUGAGUUCAAUUGAGUUGAACGAUUCUCGUCUCUCGGACGGACGUCCAAACUAAACGAAAACUAAAAGCCCAAUCGAAAUGAAUGUUAAUGAGCGAGCUUUAACAUUAACCACUGGUUAACUGAUCUGAUACUGGAAAAGAAAAUCUCGAAUAACGUACAAGAGCAAAAAACAAGAAGAAGUUGGGCUAAUCGCGAACAAAUUACGAAUGAACAAAAAAAACUGAGAUUGUGAUCACUCACAAGUGAUCAAUGUGUAUAAUAUAAUAGUCUAUUUUGUACUGUCCAUUCUAUAUGUUGCAAAUAAUACUUAAGUGGAUCGGUUCUUUUGACACGUCAAGAUCUGUUAUUCAAUCAGAAGUCUCUCUCUCUCUAUUAUAUACUAAUCUCUUCUAUAGCGUAUAGUUCAAUUCUUAUCAAUUUUCUCGUUUAUUCAAUGUUAAAUCACACUCUAUCUAUCUAUCUAUUUCUGUAGAAUUUUCUGUUUGUUUUCGUCAAUGUUCGCACACGGCAGUUUCAUAGCUGGUAAUCUUAGGACACCUCUCGAAAAAAGAAAUAAUCUCACUCUUGAAUUACAAACAUUCCAAAAACAAAGACUUUAAUUUACUUUUCUCUCUCUCUACAUUUUGUUUUUGUUUAUUGCAAAAAUGCUAUUGCACCUAAAAUUAACCGACUAACAAAAAAAAGACUCUCUUUUUGAAGAUCAAGAUAUUUUCUAUACACAAAACUGUAGCUUAAAGUAAGGAACAAGAGAUAAAUGAAACAAAUCUUUUUUUUUGUCAUCUGUUUAUGUAUUUUCAAUAUAUUUUUACUGUAUGAAAAAUAGAAUCACAACUGAUAGGGCAUUUUUUUCUGUCAAGACAAAAAAAAACCUGCGUGAUUUGUUAUGAAAUCUUUAAAUAUAUUUUUGAUGCAUCGCAACAA